GUAUUUAUUCGCGAUAAGCUCAUGGAGCGGCGUAACCGUCGCACAGGAAGGACAGAGAAAGCGCGGAUCUGGGAAGUGACGGACAGAACGGUCAGGACCUGGAUUGGGGAGGCGGUUGCCGCCGCUGCUGCUGACGGUGUGACGUUCUCUGUUCCGGUCACACCACAUACGUUCCGCCAUUCCUAUGCGAUGCACAUGCUGUAUGCCGGUAUACCGCUGAAAGUUCUGCAAAGCCUGAUGGGACAUAAGUCCAUCAGUUCAACGGAAGUCUACACGAAGGUUUUUGCGCUGGAUGUGGCUGCCCGGCACCGGGUGCAGUUUGCGAUGCCGGAGUCUGAUGCGGUUGCGAUGCUGAAACAAUUAUCCUGA